AUGUAUAUCCUGUCUUCUACUUUCCUCCUCGGCUCCCUCGCUCUUCAGAGCGUCUUGGGUAGACCGGCGGAUAAGAUCCAAGUGAGACAAUCUGGCAUCGAGGACUUUAUCAAGUCCGAGAGUCCGAUUGCCAUCGAGCAACUUCUGUGCAACAUUGGUUCCGAAGGUUGCCAUGCCAAGAAUGUUCCCGCUGGAAUCGUCAUUGCUUCACCAGACACACAAGAUCCUGACUACUUUUAUACCUGGACUCGAGAUGCUGCUCUUGUCUUCAACCCCUACACUGGUGGCUGGGGUCGACCUCAACGUGACGGUCCCGCCCUUCGAGCCACUGCCAUGAUCACUUAUGCCAACUGGCUGAUCUCCAACGGCUACACUUCUACGGCUAAUGACAUUGUGUGGCCUGUUAUCCGCAACGAUCUUAACUACGUUGCUCAGUACUGGACUCAAACUGGCUUUGACUUGUGGGAAGAGGUCAGGGGCAGCUCAUUCUUCACGACUGCUGCUCAAUACCGAGCUCUCGUCGAAGGUAGUGCCCUUGCCAAGGCGCUCGGCAAGUCUGGCGACACCUAUUCCAACAUCGCGCCCCAAACACUCUGCUUCUUGCAGACCUACUGGGUCUCGAACGGUAAAUAUGUCGACUCCAACAUCAACGUGAAUGAUGGCCGCACCGGCAAGGACGCCAACAGCAUCCUCGCAUCUAUCCACAACUUUGACCCCAGCAUUGGCUGUGAUGCUGCAACAUUCCAACCCUGCAGUGACAAGGCUCUCGCCAACCACAAGGCGGUCACCGACACUUUCCGUUCCUACAACCUCAACAAGGGCAUCGCACAGGGAACUGCUGUAGCUAUCGGAAGAUACAUCGAAGAUGUCUACUACAACGGCAACCCCUGGUAUCUCACCACACUCGCCGCGGCUGAGCAGCUGUACGAUGCCGUCUACGUCUGGAAGCAGAAGGGAUCCAUCACUGUGACUGAUACAUCUCUGUCGUUCUUCAAGGACCUGGUGUCGAGUGUCUCUACUGGUACAUAUGCCAGCGGUUCGACCACUUUCCAGCAGAUUAUCGAUGCCGUCUCGACUUACGCCGACGGAUACGUUGGCAUUGUUCGAAAGUACGUGGGUCCAAACGGUGCCCUCGCUGAGCAGUUCUCCAAGGACAAUGGAACACCCAUGUCUGCCGACGAUCUGACCUGGUCAUAUGCUGCUUUCCUCUCGGCAACUGAACGCCGAGCUGGAAUUGUUCCUCCCACUUGGCAAAAGAGUUCUCCUUCGGUUCCCAACAGCUGUGGAUCAAGCACAGUCGCUGGAUCAUACACAUCGGCCACGCAGACCUCGUUCCCUCCUUCGCAAACCCCCCAGGACGGCGUGCCAACUCCCACCGGGCCAACCCCCACCGACGGAGGACCUACUUCCUCCCCCACAAGCUGCGCCAUCGCCACAUCCGUCGACGUCACCUUUGAGGAGGUGGUCAAGACCGAGUACGGCGACACCAUCAAGAUUGUCGGCAGCAUCGCCGCCCUGGGCAGCUGGGACACCACGAAGGCCAUCUCCCUGAGCGCCUCCGAGUACACGGCGUCGAACCCCCUGUGGAAGACGACGAUCUCCCUCACGGCUGGCCAGGCUUUCGAGUACAAGUACAUCAACGUCAAGAAGGACGGCUCGCUGGUGUGGGAGCGUGACCCCAACCGUUCUUACACUGUCCCCAAGACUUGUGAGACUAAGGCUACCAAGUCGGAUCAGUGGCAAGGAUAA